AUGCUGAUGGUGUUGUUAGCAACUUUGACAGCAGUUGCCACGGCUGACGAGGCGGCUUGCAGACGCUUCGUGGUUUCCGCAGAUGUGCGAGAUCCAGAUCAGCGUUUGACAUAUCUGGAAUGCAUGCUCUCAUUCUCUUCAACACUGGGUCUUGAUGAACCCUGCCUUGGGGCGCUGUCGUCGCUGGUCUCAAGGCCUGUGAGUAGCACCGCCGUGUUGAUUUCUGAAAAAAUUCGAGAUAGCCGGGAAGAGCUGGCAACUAAUCUUGGCGAGGUCCUGAAAAGUGUGGAUGUGAUAGUCGUAACGGAGUUGCCUGAUGACAUCAAAAUACAAGAUAUCCCGAACGUUCGGUGCAAGAAGUUGGUUGACAAUUCGCCGAUGGAUUGGGAACAGCUUCGCAGGAUGCCAGUCAUGGCAAGAGGGUCUUUCCGGCAGGCCUACAAGCUCAAAGCUGCUUGGAUGCUGAUGGAACACUUUGAGCACCUUCGCGGAGAGUCGUACAGCUACGCUGUGCGGCUACGUACAGAUUGGCACCCGACCAUUUCGAUAGCUGAUUUGUUGCAGUAUUCCCACAUUGUGCCAGGUACCAUUUAUCAACGUUCCGAUGUGUUUGCGUAUGGUCGUCGGUACGAUAUGCAACGGUGGGUCCUUUACAGUUUCAGACUCAUGGACAACAACUUGUCAAAUGCUCUGGUUGAAGGUGUGAAGCAUUACAGGCCCUUAAAUUGGAGCCUUGUCGCAUUGAGUGAAGUCGGAUGUGGUCCAUUCUCUUGGCUUAUAUUCCCACGAGAGGUCGUUGGUGACAUAUUGCAACUUGGUCCAUAUUGGCCAGCAGAAUAUCCAACACUCGCCCUUGACAUAGUCAGAUUCCACGAGAGUCGCCUUCUGCAAUUUGACGUCGGGUUGAUGGAAAAGCCUCUGCAAUCCAUCGCUUCAUAUCGUGAGGUCCCUGCAGUAAGCGUCAAGUGCUGCACUGUAGAUGACUUUGAGAUCGAACUGGCCCUCCUACACAACUUGUAUGACCAGGGGCUUGUAUGCCAUGCUCCACGCAUCCCUGCUGAACAAUGGAGGUCUUACAAGCCUUACAUGGUGCCAAGCUACUGA